GCUCAGCGCCUCUCCCAGCCCCCGCUGUUGGUUGUCUGGUGCGAAGGGGGGCGGCCCCCUCCCCCUGGGCGGGCAGGGGGCUUUGGGUUUGGGUUUAGAAGCGCCAGAUUUGUGGUAUUUCACCGGAAGUUUCAGUGUUUGUUUCCCCCGCCGUCCCCUCCCGAGCGGUGGCCGCGGGCUCCCCCACUCCCUGCGUCUCGUCUUCGCUCCAGUUACCGCUUUACCUUCUGUUUUGUCGCUUUAUCCUUUAUUUUACUGUUUUAUCCUCUGUUUUAUCCUCUCUGGAAUCAGAUUUCGGGGCGUUUUGGCUCUUCACUUGCUGGAUGCUUUGUCGGGUUUGGCCGAGCCACUUUCAUUUCAAGAUGAUUUCUUGGAUUUCCAACCCGCCGUUCCCCUUGCUGUUCCCGGCUGCCGUUGUCUCCAGAAAUCCCAGCUCCGGCACCGCGCUGCAGCCCCCCGGGAACGCCGGGCUGGGGCAACUGGCCGGAGACGGGCUCGUGCCAUCGGCUGUCGGAUACCCCCAGCCUCAAAAGUCGCUUUUUUUCAUGGUAUUAAACAACUUCUGGCAAGUUUUCUCCUCCCCGGGGCGGGAUGGAGCCCCCGAGGAGGAGGCGAGGCGGCCGUCGCGCCGGGGUUGAAGCUCUCGUUAGAGCGGGACGCUGACGAGCCGUGCUGCAGCACGGGCACACCUGGGUUCCGCCGAACUCCGCGUCGGAGCGGCAGAGCCGCGGGGAAGCAGAGCUGAGGAGGGGCUUGGAAUGAUGGCCGCUAACGAAGCGCGGCCACGCUGACGAGCACAGGGAGCUCCGGCACCCCCUGAAACCUGGGGUCUUCCAACCCCACCUCCCCCUGCCCGGGAAAGGGCUUUUCCUGGAGAAGUGACUCCGCUGUCGGAGCCCUGAAGAGCGAGCGGGGGCUUCGGCGGCGAUGCCGUGGCUGGCGCCGGGCGCUCCAGCGCCAUUCCUGCGUCCUCCUUCCCUUCUCCCAAGGAACAGGCCACGGGACAAGAGGGAACGGCCUCACGUUGCGCCAGGGCAGGUUUAGGAUGGAUAUCGGGGAAAAUUCCUUCAUGGAAAGGGCUGUCGGGCGUUGGAAGAGGCUGCCCAGGGCAGUGGGGGAGUCGCCAUCCCCGGAGGGAUGGAAAAGCCGGGCAGACGCGGCUCUGAGGGACGCGGGUUGGCGGUUGGACUCCAUGAUCUUGAAGAUCUUUUCCACCCUCCGCGAUUCCCUGAUCCCACGUGAGCAGCCGUCAGGGCGACCCAGUAAACCCACCGCAGCCAUGGGCCUCCCGGUGGCCGUGGGCCCCUGGCUGUGGCCGGUGACGCCCGCCAUCUUAGAGGGGGCAGUCAUGGCGGCGGAGGAGGAGGCGGCGGUGGAGGCGGCCAUGGCGGAGCUGGCCGCGCUGCUGGCCCCGGCGGCGGGCGAGGCGGCGCGGGCGGGCGCGGCGGAGGCGGCCCUGGCUCUCUCGGGGAGCCCGGCGGGGCGGCGGCUGCUGGCGGGGCGGCCCGCCGCCCUGUCGGCCUUGCUGGAGCUGGCGGCGGGGCCCGGCCCGCCGGCCGCCCGCCAUGCCCAGGCCUGUCUGGUGAACGUCUCGGCCGAGCCGGCGGCCCGCGGGCCGCUGCUGGCCGCGCUGCCGGCCCUGCUGGGGCUGCUGCCGGGCGGGCCGGCCUGCGGGGUGCUGGCCAACCUCUGCCGGGAGCGCGGCGCGGCCCGGCGGGUGCUGCGGGGGCUGCGGGAGCGCGGCUGCGGGCUGGCCCCGCUCCUCCAGGCCCUCGGCGAGCCCCGGCCGCCGCCGCAGCUCGGGCCGCUGCUCUGUAACCUCAGCCAGCUGCCCGAGGGCCGCCGCGGGCUCCUCGACCGCUCCCGGUGCUCGGUGCAGCGGCUGCUGCCCUUCACGCAGUAUAAGGACUCCACCGUCCAUCGCCGGGGCGUCGUGGGGGCUCUCAGGAACUGCUGCUUCGAGUACGAGGAGCACGAGUGGCUGCUGAGCGAGGAUGUCGACGUCCUGCCCUUCCUCCUCCUGCCUCUGGCCGGCCCCGAGGAGUUCCCCGAGGACGAGAUGGAAAGGCUGCCCGUGGACCUGCAGUACCUGCCGCCGGACAAGCAGCGGGAGGAAGAGCCCGACAUCAGGAAGAUGCUGCUGGAAGCCAUCAUGCUGCUCACGGCCACCAAGCCCGGCCGGCGCGUGGUGCGGGAGAAGGGGACGUACCUGGUGCUGCGGGAGCUGCACGGCUGGGAGCGGGAGCCCGACGUCCUGGCCGCCUGCGAGAACCUCAUCCAGGUGCUGAUCGGGGACGAGCCGGGGCCGGGGAUGGAGAACCUGCUGGAGGUGACGGUCCCCGAGGAGGUGGAGCGGGAGCUGCGGCGGCGGGAUCGGGAGGACGAGGAGCGGUGGCGGCGGGAGCGGCGGGAGGCGGGGGGCUCCACGCCGAGCCCCCAGGAGCCGUCGCGGUGAGGGGCGGCCGUGCUCGGCCCACGCCGCCCCAUGGCUACCGGGGACACGGCCGGCACUGGCCACCAUGGCCCCGUCCCUCCCCGACGAUGGUGACACGAACGUGGGGUCCUGCGGGGCAGGGCCCCCCCUCGCCGGGCGCAGCUCUGUCGGGGGACAAGGACGAA